AUGAAGAAAGUGAGAAGUUCGAAGCUGCAAAAAUGUGUACAAUCUCUAAAACAAGUAGCAAAACAAGUACUCUGUUUAGGGAAAAACAAUUCGGGUUAUUUCCGGGUUGGGCAAGAACCGAAGAAGAAAGUGAGUGUACCAAAGGGACAUUUGGCUGUGUACGUGGGAGAGCAAGACGAUGACACGUGUACAGUUGUGGUGCCAGUGAUAUACUUUAAUCACCCACUGUUUGCUGAACUGUUGAGAGAGGCAGAGAUGGUUUAUGGGUAUAAUUAUCCGGGUCGGAUCCAAAUACCCUGCCGGAUAUCCGAUUUUGAGAACGUUAAAUCAAGAAUCGCCGCCACGGUCGGUGGUGGGAACCGCUGUGGAGAGCGGAGAUGA